GCGACCCGCUCGGCGGCGAGACAGGCGCGGGGCGUGCGGUGCGGCCGGAGGCCCUAGAGGCGGCGCGGGGGGCGUCUCUUACCAGUGACGCCUGAUGUCCCAGCAAAUGGCAUUGUCCACUGCGGUGCUGCAGAGGUACUCCCGAGGUCCCACAGCGACACGGCCAACGCAGGCUCGGCGUGCGCCUUGCUGGGGGGCCCCCCGACGAGCAGGAUGCCUCCAGGCAGGUGGUGCGCUGUCCGUCCGGCUCAGGCGCAGGCGUCAAGGGAGCGUGGGCGCCUUCAGGUUGUAAAGAAAGAAGAAGAGGAUGAGGGCUACUCCUUGGUGCAGGCUGCUAGGCCCCAGACGCUCAACCGUCCUGGCCAGGAGCUCUUCCGCCAGCUCUUCAGGCAGCUUCGUUACCACGAGUCCUCCGGGCCCCUGGAGACGCUGAGCCGGCUGCGGGAGCUCUGCCGCUGGUGGCUGAGGCCCGACGUUCUCUCCAAGGAGCAGAUCCUGGAGCUGCUGGUGCUGGAGCAGUUCCUGAGCAUCCUGCCCUGCGAGCUCCGGACCUGGGUGCAGCUGCAUCGCCCGGAGAAUGGAGGGGAGGCCGCCGCCCUGCUGGAAGAGCUGCAGAGAGAAACCAGCGGGACACUGUGGACAGACCCGGCCCCUGCCCAGAGCCCCGACGUGCGCUGGAUGGGCACAGGAGCCCUGCGAGCCGCGCAGACGUGGCCCUCCGCGUCACCUCUCGGGAGCGGCUCUGCUCUGGGGGACCACCCGGAGCCUCCCUAUGAAAUAGGAGUGCGUGACUUCCUGGCUGGGCAAUCCGAUACUCCUGCUGGCCAGGCGCCUGCCCUUUCCCAGAGAGAGGGGUGCCCAGAAGAUGGCACCACAGCCCCACCCCAGGAGGCUCUGAUUUUCAAGGACGUGGAGGUGACCUUCUCCCAGGAUGAGUGGGGGUGGCUGGUCCCUGCCCAGAGGAACCUGUACAGGGACGUGAUGCUGGAGACCUAUGGGAACCUGGCUUCUCUGGUGGGGCCGCUCACCAAACCCGCUCUGAUCUCCUGGUUGGAGGCGAGGGAGCCGUGGGGCCUGAACGUCCAGGGAGCUCAGCCCAAGGGCAGUCCGGGCGCUGCCCCUGCAGGAGGUGAGCUCCAGAUUAAAACAAACAAGCUCAUCUUAAAUCAUGAGCCUUUGGAAGAAGCAGAAACUUUAGCUGUGUCUUCAGGAUGUCGUGUGAUGAGGGUUUCCGAGGAAACAGGGCCUGGAGAACCUUUGGAGCCGAAGAGCAGCUUGCAGGAGCAGGGUGGCGAUCCCGCACAAGUGAGUGUUCAGAAAGAAGAGACCAGCUUCAGUCACAAGACAGAAGAAGAAUCGGGAGAAUCAGGAGGCGGCGACAGCCUCAGCCUCAAACAUGUUGCGUAUUUACGGGUUCCCAGGAGAAAGCGAGCCCUGAAGCGUGGCUGCGGCCGACACUUCCGAGGGGUCCCGUACCACCACGACUACAAGGAGUACGGGAAGGGCCUCAGGCGCCUGAUCAGCGGGUUUGGCCUGCGUCAGAGACUUCACGCUGCGCUAAAGGGGACUGUGAAGGACGCGCACGGGAAGGACUUCAUCAGCUCUCAUCACCAGCGGAAUCUUCACGUGGCGGGGACAUUGUACAAGUGCAGUGACUGUGGCAGGACCUUCAGUCACAGCUCCCACCUUGCACACCACCAGAGACUCCACACUCAGGAGAGACCGUUUAAGUGUCGGGUGUGUGGGAAGGCCUUCAGGUGGAGCUCAAACCGUGCGCGGCACGAGAGAAUCCACACUGGACUGAAACCUUACAAGUGCGGCUUAUGUGACAAAGCUUUCCAGCGCAUGUUUGCCUACCAUCUGCACCAGGAGACCCACGCUAAUCAGAAAUUUCUUGAAUCUUCUGAGUGUAAGGAAGUUCUCGCGUACGGCUCAAGGUUGGAUCAUUUGCAGGACCAGAGUGGGGAGAACAUCUUCGACUGCAGCCAGUGCAGGAAAUCCUUCCACUGCAAAUCGUAUAUCCUUCAGCAUCAAAGGAUCCACACCCAGGAGAAGCCCUAUAAAUGUACCAAAUGCAGGAAAACCUUUAGGUGGCGGUCUAACUUUUCUCGCCAUAAGAGGAUGCACCAGGAAGAAAAGCUCUGUAAUCAAGAUAAAUGUCAAGAAGACUCCAGGGAGACCCCCAGCUGCAGCCAGCCCCAGGGCGCGCCCGCCGUGGGGAAGGCCUUCCUGUGCCAGCAGUGCGGGAAAGCGUUCCCUGGGAAGAAAUCCCUCCUUAACCAUCAGAGGGUCCACACGGGCGAGGUGCCGUACCGGCACAGCGAGUGUGCAAGAGAGUUCGCCCACAGGCCGGCCUUCAUUGUGCACAAGAAGCAGCGUGCCCUGAAGAGGAAAGCCGAGGCCGGGCCCUCUCCCAGCCCGGGCGGGGGGCUCCCGGGCACCCCAAGCGGCCAGGUGUCGGAGGGGCGCUUCACGUGCAGCCACUGCAGCAAAGCCUUCCGCAACCACUCGUUCCUCCUCAUCCACCAGCGAGUCCACACCCGCGAGAAGCCGUACAAGUGCAGGGAGUGUGGGAAGGCCUUCCGCUGGAGCUCCAACCUCUCCCGCCACCAGCGGAGCCACUCUCUGGGGAAACUGUACGUGUACCAUGAGAACGAGAGCGCCCCUGACCUGCGGCCACAGGUCCUCACCGGCGAGAAACCUUUCUGGUGCCAGGAAUGUGGGAAAACCUUCACCCGCAAAAGGAGCCUCCUGGACCACAAGGGGAUCCACAGCGGGGAGAAGCGCUACAAAUGUAACUUGUGCGAGAAAUCGUAUGACAGGAACUACCGCCUGGUGAAUCACCAGAGGAUCCACACUAAGGAGAAGCCUUUCAAGUGCCAGUGGUGCGGGAAGGACUUCAUCGGACGGCACACCCUCUGCAUCCACCAGAGAAGACACGCCAGGGCGGCGCUGCCCGACAGCAGCCCCGCGGAAUCGCCUCCCUCCCGGGACUCGGGGGUCACUUUGCAGGAGUUGAAACCGAGCGGGGAGACGCCCGCGGAAGCCGGCGAGGAAGCUUGUGAGAGGAGUGCCAGGCCCGCCGGGCUUCAGAACGUACCCGUGGGGAAGAAGUGUCACAAGUGCAGCACGUGCGGGAAGACCUUCAGCAAGACCUCCCAGCUCAUUAGCCACAAGAGGUUCCACACCCGGGAGAGGCCCUUCAAGUGCUCGGCGUGCGGGAAGACCUUCCGGUGGUCUUCCAACCUGGCCCGGCACAUGAAGAGGCACACCGGCGACUAGCUGGGGCCGGGCUGUGGAGGGAGAGGGAUCCCGGCCGCCCCUCAGAGGGGCCGCAGCUGUGGGCGGUGCAGGCGCGACCUUCACAGAGCGCCUGGCCCUUGCUGUUUCAGAAGCGAGUCGCGCAGCCUCCUCAGUGGUCAAGAACUCAGGGCGGCUGCCGUCCUACCCGCUGGGCAGUGAUUCUCCUUGGUGACCUCCUGGAGACUGGGACGCUCGGAGUGGCCAUUGUUCAGUGGCCUGGAGCUCCCUCAGCCAGGUCUUCCUCUGUAACUCCAAAGGGAGUGGCCUUUUGGUUUGAUACAGUGUCUGUGGCACGGUGGGCUGCGGCAGCUGGGAAGGGGCCAGUUGGAUCCUAGGUUGCCCUCUGAGGUUGGCCUGUUGUUAUGGUGCCUGUUCUGUGCGACCUUGUCAGCAGCAGCGCGAACUCCUCCGAGCCUCCCAGGUGCCCCUGGGGAGUUCCGCCUGCGGCCUCGGCCGCACAGCCAGCGUUGGAUGUCUGCUGUGAGCGGCACGCGAGGAGGGCAGGGUCCGGCUUCGUCCCUGGAGAAGGGAGGGCGCCCGUGCCGUGCCUCGUCACCACCUCCAUCCCACAGGCGGGCAUGGGCAGCGGUGUGCCGAGCUCCUCCCACGUGCCAGACGCUGUUGUGUGGGCGAGACCCAGCAGGGACCAGGACAGACAAAAAAAAGCUGUUGUCUCUGAUCUUUACAGACGAUAAACAUGUGAGGUACAUAGAGUGUUUUAGUUGGGAUGUGUGUUGUGGACACAUGAAUCAGAAGAGGGCGAGGGUGUGCUGGCUGGCGAGGUGGGUUGCGAUUUUAAAUAGGCUGCUCACGAAGGGCCUCAUCCAAGAAGGUGGAAUUGGGACAAAGACGCAAGGGAGGUCAGAAAGAGAGAGCCCUGUAGGCCUUAGAACCAGGCGUGGAAAGUGGGCGCUUGGCUGGUGUCCUCAGGGCAAGAGAGGAGGCUCCUGCGCCCGGGUGGAGUGAGCUGGCUGGGGCAGCGGGGCCCGGGGAGGCACUGGGCCAAGGCUUGUGAGCAUUGGGUGCUCUAGGUCAGUUUGAGUUGAGCGACGUGCUCUGCAUGUGAGUUACGUUUUACAAGAGGUAACCACAGACCCAGGGACUGAGUAAAACAAUAGCUGAAAAUUUUCAUGCAGUUACCCCUGCUGCCAGUUUCCCUAAGUGGACUCCUUGCCCCGCCAAGUGUCUGAGUGUCAGCCAGACCCGCGGCUCUCAGCAGACGGGAGCCGCCGUGGGGCUGCGGCUCUGACCUCUGCUCGCUGUCUUGCCUGCCCCCCGCCCCCCGCCCCGCGCAGCGUCACGCCCAGGCCAUCGUGCUGCCCCGCUUC